CCUUUACACGAGUUAUGGUUAAGGUUAGGUGCGAGUCGACCGGCGGAGGCGGCGGUAUUUAUCGUCAUCGAUUUUCACAGUCAUUCUCGAAAAUUCUCGACUGGUAGACUGUAGAGAUCGGGGAGAACGAAUCUUGAUCUUCAAGAAGAAAUAAACGUACGACAGGAAACAGCCACGACUCGUUCGACUAUGUUUCGACGUGUGUUCACGUCGAGUUCGCGCAGCGUAUCGAUAAGCGGUGCGACUAAAGAGGACCGCAAUGAGAAAGAUGAAUAAAACCAAACUGUUGCAGCUGUUAUCUCGACUAUGGAAUGGGUCCAAUGGUGUACUUGCGGGUAAGCAUGCCGAGCAGAAAAUGAUAUCUAUCCUGAGGAACAGGUUUCCACAAGCUCAGCUGAUUGAAGUUACGGAUGUGUCAGGAGGAUGCGGUGCUAUGUUUGACAUAAAUGUCGUUGCUCCAGAAUUCAAAGGACUCAAUACUGUAAAGCAGCAUCGAAUCAUUAAUGAGGUUCUUAAGGAAGAAAUCAAAGAUAUGCAUGGCCUUCGAAUACAUACAAGUAUUCCGCAGACAUAAAUUUUAUUUUGGACAAUUAUUAAAUUAAUUUUGCAGAAAAAAAAUAUCUUGAUUAUUAAAUUAAUUUUACAGAAAAAAAUCUAUUGAUUUUAGUGAAACUAAUAUAAUGCAUCUGAAUAUCUUUUUCAAAAGUUUUUAAGGAAUUUAUUUAAGAUCUUUAAGAAAUUUUUUAUAAAUAUUCGAAACAAUUUAUUGUAUAACAAGUUCAUUGUUAGUCUGAUUGUGAGUCUGUAUUCAAGAUGUGGAGAUCUUAUACAAAAUAUAGAAAAUAUGUAUAUUUUA